CGGCCCCCUGCUGCUCUUGGCGACAGUCCUCGACGAGGCUUCAACAGGCAAGCACUCGGGAGCUGCAGUACGGAGAGACAAGCUGGGGGCGGGGCUCCAGUGGCUAAAACCCGCCUUGGAGCCUCGCAGCCCACGCGUCGAUUCCUUCGGGGUCUGUAGCACUUUGGUGUACGGUGGUAACCUGAGAGAAGAUGGGAAAGGGCUGCAAGGUUGUGGUUUGCGGCUUGCUGUCUGUGGGGAAAACAGCAAUUUUGGAGCAGCUCCUUUAUGGGAAUCAUACUAUUGGAAUGGAAGAUUGUGAGACAAUGGAAGAUGUGUACAUGGCUUCGGUGGAAACGGACCGGGGGGUGAAGGAACAGUUACAUCUCUACGACACCAGAGGCCUGCAGGAAGGUGUGGAGCUGCCGAAGCAUUACUUUUCCUUGGCUGAUGGCUUUGUGCUCGUGUACAGUGUGAACAACCUCGAAUCCUUUCAACGAGUGGAGCUUCUGAAGAAAGAAAUCGAUAAGUUUAAAGACAAAAAAGAGGUAGCAAUUGUCGUAUUAGGAAACAAACUUGAUCUUUCCGAGCAGAGACAAGUGGACGCAGAAGUGGCACAGCAGUGGGCAAAGAGUGAGAAGGUGCGGCUGUGGGAGGUCACGGUCACAGACCGGAAAACCCUCAUUGAACCGUUCACCCUCUUAGCCAGCAAGCUUUCCCAGCCCCAGAGCAAAUCGAGCUUUCCUUUGCCUGGGAGGAAAAACAAAGGGAAUUCGAGCUCCGAGAACUGAAAGUCAGUGCCACACUUGUUUGGUGAAUAGUGAUUGCCUUAAGUGUCUGUGAACAUGUUUAAAAUAGGCCAUUGGCAGCUACCUUUGGUCACUUGGAAAUCCCUAAGGAAGUAACUUAAUGCACUUUGUGUUUUAUAAUUUAUUUGGGCUGUUUAUUUUAUUGCCUGCUAUGAAGUAAUAUAUUUGUCUUCUGGUUGCUUGAAACUUGUCCCUGAUAUUAGCACCUAUAUGUACCUUUUGAGGAGUGCCCCCUUUAAUGUUUCAAAAGCUACCAUUCUGUAAACUGUAUGCAUUUUUAGCUCAAACAUAACUUUGUUUUUAAAAAUUCAUCUAAUGCCUAGAAUUAUAAAAUGGCAUUUUGUGUCUAACUUGGAUGAAACAAUGGACAAUUUGGGUACUAAGCUGAAUUUUACCUGCUGGUGAUCCGCUAAAUAGAACAAGACCUAUGGUUUAGCUUCAUUCAAAUUGCAUGUUUAGCAUGAUUUGAGGUAGUGGUUUGUGUAAAUACAUCCGAACUGUUUCUUCAGAAAACUCUUAGGCCCAUACGGAUAGUAAAACUUGUUUUCCAGAAGGAAUGCUAUGCUUUCUAGAAUAGUUUUCUGGAUAUGUAGUCAAGUGGAAUAAAACGUAGCAUAAAAAUAAUUGGGCUACAGGUAGUCUUCAGGUUGGAUAUCUAAGUUUGUGCCCAGGUUCUCUGAAGAUUUUUGGCAAGGUCUGAGCAAUGGGGCUCACAGUAUUUAGCAAACUGACAAUAUCAUAACUAAUUUUAAAAGUAGGAAGCAAGCUACUUAGUGGUUUUAGUGUGAAAGCAGUUAACUAACUGUAAAACAUGAAAUAAGCUCUUCACACGAAAAAUGUGAAAACAUCUAGAAAAUUUUUACAUCUUUAAUGGAAUGUUUUUUUGUUUUUUUUUUAAAGAUUUUAUUUAUCUUUAGAGGGGAAGGGAAGGAGAGAGGGAGAGAAACAUCAAUGUAUGGUUGCCUUAGUGCAUCCCCUGCUGGGAACUGGCCUGCAGGGAAUCGGCCUGCAACCCACGUAUGUGCCCUGACUGGGAAUCGAACCGCUAAUGGAAUGCUUUUAGGUUCAGCUAGUACUGCCACUAUAUAAUUCUUUAAAAUCUCUCAUCACAAAUACAUUUUUGGUCAAAAAUUAUCACUCACGCAUGGUCAAGUCAUCCCCUACCUUCUCUCCCACUUAUGUGAGUUUAUCCUUCGGCUUUUUUCCCAUGUAUUUUACAUAGAUGGAUAAACACUUUCACAAUGAUUCUAAACUAAUAUACUAGAGUGUCCUGCAGUUUGUUUCUUUUUUGUGUGAACUUAGAUUGGCAUGCAUAUAGUUAACCAUAUUCCUUUGAAACACUUAAUGUCUGUGUACCUUCAUCCCAUGCUCCUGGGUGAGAUUCUCUGGUGUGGAUACAAAGAAACAGAAUUGCUGCGCCCUAUAGAUCAGAACACUUAGGUACUCCCAAAUUGCCCUCUAAUGUAGCUGUACUAAUUUAUCCACAAGAGCACCCAUUUCUCAUGUACCUGCCCGCCACCAUGGCAUCUGUGACUUAAAAAUGCAUUUAAAACUAUUCACCUUUGGGCUUAUCUGUGAAAUAUGGUGAGUUGGAUUAAUCUUUUCUAAGACACCUCAGUAUCUAUUCUGCAAGGCUAUCUAUUGUAUAAAUUAGAGCACUGUACCAAUUCAUUCAGUCUGCAGUUACUUCUAGGUUGCUGUAGUAGCAAAAGAUCUAUCAACUUUAAAAGAAAGAAUCUUCCAAAUACAAAGGCAGAAGAAAAUAAAUGAAUACCGCAGUGUUAGGUGGUUGUUUUAAUAUUGUUUAUUAGCACAGUAACAAAUGCAGGCUGAAGUAGCCCACAACAAAUAACCAAUCCACUGAGCAACUCCUAUUCCACGCCUUACAGUUAACAGCUUAAGGUAUUUUACUACAGUUUUUCACGAGUCCUGAUUCAAACCUCUAAUCUUUUCACAAUAGAUUGGCAUAUAAAAUAAAAUACAUAACUACUCAUUUCCUAUGUGGUGUCUUACAGCCAUGUGUCCAUUUAAUAUAUACGAGAUGAUAGUCUCUAAAAACUGUUAAAUAUCAAUGUUCCCUUCCAAGAAGGGAAACAAGUUUCCAUUUUUUAAAACAAAAAAGUAUGUAGUCUUGGAAGGACGUCACAUAAAUGGCCAUGUGUGUAGUCUGUACAAAAUCAGGCUGUUUUAAAUUUACAGACUGCAAGCAACUGAAUCCAAAUGUCUAUUCUCUGUACUACAUCUUAGCUUAUACUGCAGAACUAAUGGCAAUUUUAAAUGUUGCUAUUACCGAAUCUGUCUACUGUAGCAAGAUACCUUAAGUUACAACAAAAUCUUAAGAAAUAAGACUGAAUAAUAUCUGUUAUAGAAAUACCCUACUCUUUACCAACUCCCACCCUCCCCCACCCCUUCAAAAUCAUAAGCAGCUCUCUCUGUGACAGACAAAUAAGGUAAGAACUGUGAAAACCCAGUUUAUGUAGCGUAUCUCUUGGUCCACUGUCUGGCCAUUCUGUCAUGUUCUGCUCUGUUGGUCAUAUACUGAGUGGCAAUACUUCCCACCAAAGGGUCGGCUGGAAGAAAAGAACAUAGAUUAGUAAGAACUCGGGAAGAAAUGUUUCAAGGAUGGGUGAUCAAAUCUAUCCUUGAAAUACAACUUUACCAUUCUGGGUAGUUUAAGAAACAUAGCACAUGGGUAGGGGACAGUUCUUAUUAAAAUAGAAUGCUCAGGCUUUCACUACUGGCCUGGCUGUUAUGUCCCAGGCUUUUCUUGCUGUUAUGGGUUAGGGGAAAUUCGAUGGAAACUGGAAUGUGGAGGGCUCCAGACUGCAAUGAAUAUCCAACUGAGUUGACAGGACCUUUCCUUUCACUGAAUGGCACUGCAUGCUGUGUGGGCCCUGUGACUGCUGCAAUGCAACACUAUUUACCUGGGCCUAAGUAUAGUGUUUUUCUGAACCCUAAAUAGAAUCUUUAUUAAUUUUAUAUUUGCUUUAAGAAAUUUUUUAAUAAAACAAAUUAAGCCCCCCCCCAACACAGUCUGGUAAUCAGUGAGUAUUCAGCAAAGCGGUAUCACUUUCAGAAUUGCCCACCGCCCCAGUAAACCAGCUGCAAGGCAAGUUACUGCAGACACAGAGGAGAUUACAGGGGCAGAUGGCUCAACAUUCAGAAGUCUGUGGCUUGUUUUCAGAGAACCAUGUGAGAAGUAUUUACAGGUGGGGCAAAAGAAGGUUUACAGUUGUGACUAUGCCAAACAAUUUAUAUUAUUUUCCAUUUUAACAACUGUAAACCUACUUUUGUCCCACCCUAUACAAAAGGGGAAAAAAUGAGAAUGACUGAAAAAUGUGAAAACCUAUGACAAACUGGAAAUCUUCAGUUUAAAACAAACACCUUGUUCCUAGAAUGUAAUACCAAUUAAUGGUGGAGCUGCUGCUUUUCCCAACUAGUACACUGGACUCCUCUUGAUUAAAAAUGUCUUUACAAAGCUAUUUUUGUCCUUUGAAAGCUGUCAGAAAAAUAAAACCUUCACUUUAUCUUUAGAAAAUCAUAGUUUAUGUGGGGAAAAAAGUACUUUUCAGGCAAGGAAGAAUAAAACAAGGAAAAGAAUUAUUAACCUUACCAGGAUUACAGUCUGUAAGGAGUGAGCAGAUAGAAAGGAGGACUUUAGAAAUGGUUAGUGCUGGGCUCCAAUUAUCUUUCAAUAUGUCCAAGCAAAUAACUCCUUGACUGUUAAUGUUACAGUGAUAGAUUCUUGUCCGAAAUGUAACCUAAAAAAUAAGUUAGUGUUAAAAGGAAAACAUCAAACAAUGAAGCUUUUUACUAGGUUACUUUUUUUAAUUGAGUGGCCCUAAUUAAAAACUUCUUAAAGGUUUUUUAAAAGGUGAACAUCAGUUUAACUAAAGCCUGUAAGAAAUAGGUUGAGACUGUUUAAUAAAUUUGAGAUUUAAAAAUGUUCACUGUAUAAUCUUAGAGGCUGCCAAUUUCAUAAAAAAAAAUAUCCAUCAACAAAAGGCAAGUUAACUUAAGUACAAUAUUUCUAGAAUUCAUCUUUAGCAGUUUUAAUGUUUAAACAUUUUCGUAACAUUUCCAUGUUUGAAUAGCUAAUUGCUGACCUCUUGUGCGAGCUGGUAGUAUUACAAGGCCUGAAAGCAAGCUUUAGAAUCAUGAAUUCAAAUUGAGGUACAUAAAGACAAUUAAAUAAUGAUCACACACCCAAAGAGCUGUAUUUAGCAAAGCAGUAUCACUUUCAAAACUGACCCAAAAGUUUGAAGAAUUUUUUUCCCUUUUCUGACCUUUACAUUGGAUCCUGCAGAUAUCUAUCCUGUACAUCUAAGUCACAUGAGCCUGAGUUAUGUUAUUUGGCCUACUUUUUAUUUGUGAAAUACCCUGGAUCAUUCCAAUGUAAAAAUAACCUAUAACUUUACCAUUUAUUUUGAUUGACAGACUUUCAAUCAGUUGCUUCUGCAAUUGUGCAUGUAUCUAACAGUGUGUGCCAUCCCCAAGAAGAGGUUUUCCCUCUGGCAGUGUGGCUGAGAGUCACAGAUCGCUGAGUGUUACAGGAGGCAGAUGGUUUGGGCAAUCCCACCCAUCCUGGAUGAGACAUCCAGAGCCUGCAGGGUAAGACUCACCGCCAAAAGAUGGCAAGCAGUGGAAUCUAAGGCUUUGCUCAGGAGAUUCUGAUUCUUAAUUGUCUUAGUGCAUGAACAUUUGACACCAUUUUAAACUGUUUAGAAACUUUUUGUUGAGUGGAAAAUAGGGGAUUGCUAUGUUACUAUAAAUACAGUAGUAAGCUCCUUCCUUACCAGUGGUUUUGCUUUCCCUGAGUUCAGUUACCUAUGGGCCAACUGUGGUCCAAAAAUAUUCAAUGUAGAAUUCCGAAAUAAACAAUUCACGUUUUAAAUUACGAGCCAUUCUGAGUAGCGUGAUGAAAUCUCACGCUGUCUUGCUGGGAUGUGAAUCACCCCUUCCUCUGGCAAAUCCAUGCACGUGCGCCUCUGACUCACAGCCGUCUGGGUUGUCACGUCAGCUGCCACGGUGUCCUAGUGCUUGUUCCUAUGACCCUUACUUUAUCUAUCCAGUGAUGCCACACUCACCUAACUCCUAUUAUCGCAGUACAUUACAUUCUACUUUAGUUGUUCUAAAUCUACUAUGCCUAAUUUCCCAAUUUAACUGUAUCAUAAAUGUGUAGGUACAGGAAAAAACAGUACAGUUGACCCUUGAAUAUGGGUUUUAACUGUGUGGGUCCACUUAUAUGGAUUUUUUUCAAUAAAUACUACAAAUGUAUUUUCCCUUCUUUAUGAUUUAAUAAACUUUUCUCUAGCUUA